CAUGACUUUUAUAUUGUAUAAAUAUCUUAUCUAUAUCAUAUUUCUUAUUUCAUAUUUUAGAUUAAAUAAGUCACUUUUCCUGUUAACAAUCGAUAAUUUUGCAGUAAAGCUUGAACAUUUCGUUUAAACAAAUAUUCUUCAUUUAUUUUCAAUUUAAUUUUAACUGAUACCAUAAUAUAUUAAAUGUACUGAUUCAUUGACAUAUAAUUAAUGAAAGUCGAAUGGAAGAGUGCGUUUUGUAAUGGAAAUUCAUUCACCGUCGUCGUAUGAUCGUAAAUCGUUAAAACUCGAGGAUUUUAAAAAAUUUAAAAUUCGUUCGAAGAAUUAUGAGAAGCAAUAUUGUGACAUAUACUUGGCAAGGUUAGCAGCGUUGAGGGAUUGUAUCCUGCAGAAAUCAAAGGUCAAAUGGGCGAAAUAUGAAGUUGUUUCAUUGUUAGAACUUGCUGAAAGGAAUGGAAAUGACGACUGUAUCGUAAUAGGAACAUUGUAUAAACACCAAGAACUAAAGCCAUCAGUAUUGCGCGAGCUCAGCGAGGAACUUCAAGUGACGCCUCAAUCAUUCCGAACAAAUUAUGCAUCAUUUAAAGAUCUAUUAUUCUUGGAAGAUGAAACGUUGCGUAUCAAAUUGGUUGGAAAUCACAUGAAUAUUCAAGAUGUCGUUACCGGUAUUGUUUGUGCUGUAUUUGGACACGAAUUGGAAAAUGGCGCAUUCACAGUGAUAGAUUGGUGUUUUCCAGGAUGUUGCACAAAUAUAGCUACAGUUGAUAAACCAUUGAAAGAAUGGGGACAAAUUUUAAUAAUUUCAGGUUUAGAUUUAGCAAAUAAUACACAGCUAUUAAGUUUAAAUCUAUUAUCAGAAUGGAUAACUGGAAUGAUUGGAUCUGCAGAAAUUCAGAAACAAGUGGCAUCCAUUGUGUGUAUUAUUAUAGCAGGAAAUAGUGUGAGGGGAUCUGUGGAGACUCACAAUUAUAAAAGAUAUUUUGAAACUAAAGCACACGAAGAAAUUCUAUUUAAAAAUGCUGCAAUGGUAACACAUAAACUUGACAAUUUUCUUCAUCCUAUAGUACAAUCUUGCCCCAUAAUAUUAAUGCCUGGUGAAUUUGAUCCAAGUUGUCAUACAAUACCUCAGCAAUCAUUGCAUCCAUGUAUUUUACCUCAAUGUUCCAGGUUUAAGAGUUUCUAUGGAGCCACCAAUCCAUGGAUUGGUAGCAUCAACUCUCGUAUUAUAGCUGGUUCUAGCGGUCAACCCAUUAUGGAUAUUAUGAAAGUUGCUGGGCUUGCAGACGUUUCGCCAUUAACAUGGUUAGAACGUACAUUAUAUUGGCGACACUAUGCACCAACUGCACCAGACACUACAGUAGCCUAUCCGUAUUCCAAGGUAGACCCAUUUGUUAUAACAGAUUGUCCUGAUAUUUACUUUGUUGGUAAUAUGGAAGAAUAUGACACCAAAUUAAUAACAGUAAAUGAAGAACAGGUAGCAAGAUUGAUUUGUAUUCCAAAAUUUUCUAAAACACAAACAGGUGUGUUGGUUGAUUUACAGGAUUUAGAAAGUAGAACUAUUUCUUUUACUGUUACUUAACUUAUUAAUAUAUUCAAUUAGUAAUAUUUUAAAAUACAUAAGGCAUUAACGCACUAACCAAUAAUCAAUUUGCAAAAAAGAAACAAUUAAGAAUUUGUCUUCUAUGAUUUUAAUAAAAUUUGUACAUAGUAAAUAUAUUAUUUAUUCUACUGGACAA